GCAUAGGAAUGGAGGAAGUUCUGGAAAUAGAGGCACUUAACUGGGAAAACCUGAGUUUUUCCACCAUCGAUCCUGAAAGGACUUAUACACCCUAUUACCAGCGCCCCGAGACAUACAUAGUUCCCAUUCUCUUCUUCAUUAUUUUCGUCGUGGGAGUCCUGGGGAACGGCACCUUGGUCAUAAUUUUCCUCCGACAUAGGGCAAUGAGGAAUGUACCUAACACAUAUAUUUUGUCUCUUGCUCUUGCUGAUCUUCUGGUCAUCGUUACAUGCGUACCGUUUACAUCCCUGGUUUACACGUUAGAAUCAUGGCCUUGGGGUGUUGCCGUAUGUAAACUGGAAGAAACCACCAAGGGAAUUUCUAUUGGAGUUUCAGUCUUCACAUUAACUGCUUUAUCAGCUGAACGAUAUUGUGCCAUCGUCAACCCACUUAAAAGAUAUCAGACGAAACCCCUGACAGUGCUUUCGGCCAUUUCGAUAUGGAUUCUUGCCACGAUGUUGGCCCUCCCUGAUUGCAUUAGUUCGACUGUCGAACAAGAGCCCUUGGUAACCGGCAACUCGACCAUAGACGUUUGCACGCCCUAUCCCAAAACAUACGGAAAACGUUAUCAAAUGUACAUGACAGUUGCUAAAUCCCUUAUUUAUUACGUGCUACCGUUGUGCAUCAUAACAUGUUUUUAUGUCAUGAUGGCCAAACGGCUCCACGACAGCGCCAGAGAAAUGCCCGGAGAGAUGCAAGGAGGUCAGGGUAUUGCACAAGUCAGAGCUCGAAAGCACGUCGCUAAAAUGGUUUUAGCCUUUAUCAUCGUAUUUUUCGUCUGUUUCUUCCCUCAUCACCUAUUCUUCUUGUGGUUCAAUCUAAAUCCAGACUCCAUAGAAGAAUACGACUCGUACUGGCAUGCGUUGAAAAUUAUUGGAUUUUGUCUUAGUUUCCUUAAUUCGUGUGUAAAUCCAGUUGCCCUGUACUGCGUGAGUGGUGUGUUUCGACAACACUUCAACAGGUAUUUAUGUUGUCGCCAUAACAGAAGAUUGUUAAGAAGUACGCCCUCUACAGCCAACUGCGAAACAAGUUUUAAUUCAACAUACCGCAAACACACCCAAACAACAACAGAUGGCUUGAGCUUAUACCGUCGGAAUACACUAGCGAGACAGAAUACACAAGAUACGACUGUAAUCACCCUUGAAAUUCCCUCGAAAAGGGAAAAUGGUAGAUUUGAUAAUAAAAAUUCUAUUUUGUUACAAUCCCACUAUAAUAAAGGCAAAGAGCUGCUUGUUAGCUGAAGUUCAAGCCAUUACAAUGGAACAACAAAACUCAC